CUUAAUAGCACGGUGUUUAAAGCGAUACCUGGCGUUUUAUGGUGGACGCAAAUUUCGACGAUCCCAAUGGUAUUCGUAUUUACCCUUUGACGGCAUCCAAACGUUUAAAACUUCCUUGAUCAAACUAAACGUUUACAUGUCCCCGGAGAUCGACCAGAGGACGUGCUGGGACAAUGAAAGUUGCCAUUAAAAAGAUUGCCUCCUUUAUAAUUUUCUGAAACAGACUACAAUAGACAUAGUCACAUGAUCGGAAGUAAACCAACGUAAAUUGAAGCCGACUGUGCAAUGCCUGCUUGGCUUUGAAUCACCUUUGCUACGAGGUUCUGAGAACGCCUGGGGAACGAUUGGUGCACAAACAAUGUGUGGAGUUCUGAAAGACGGUUCAAACUAGGGACAGCGAUAGACUUCAUGCGUCAUGGGAAGUCUAAAAAAGCGACAGCUGACACUCAAGACUGAAGAUGUGCACUGGAUGUGGGUGGAGCGCGGAGGUCUGACUACUGACGCAAACACGCCUGGCUAAAAAGCAGCUACGGUUACAAGAGUUCGCUACUUCUUGUCAAGAUGAUCACGAAGACUCUUCUUCUACUGCUGCUGUAUUUCAUUCUGUAUGGUGCAGGACAAGGCAUUGUCUUUACAGGGGAAUGUCAAAGCGACGAUCACUGCUUACGUCACGUGUCUCCUGACACCUGCUGUGCGUUCUGGGACCCAAAGGGGGCACUGAACGUCUGCAAGAAGCUAGGAGAGUGGCAACAACUCUGCCAGGUCACCCCACAAGACAUCCCCUACCCGUUCGGCGGUAGGAAACUCACGUGGGUGUGCCCGUGUGGAGUCGACCUCACCUGCCGACCACUGCUCCCAGGCGCAAAGUUUGGAACAUGCCAGCUCAUUUAAUCAUCAAGGUAACGAAUCGGGCCGUCAACUCUCAACGCGGUAAAAGCUCAUCAUAAGGAUUAGUCUUGGACAUUUCACUUUGAAUAGGAGCCUCCACAAGCAGACAAAGUCUUGCCGGACAAGAUAGAAUAUGCUAGCUCUAAGACCAGUAUCACCCGGAUUGGAACAAAGGUGGGGCAAGCACACCUAGAUAGGCUAAGUGUUACAUGUGUUAUACUUC